AUGCGGACACAGGGAGGAGCCGAGGGCUCCUCGGCUGGUCCAGUAUCCAUGAUAUUGCUCAUCAUUGUGCUUCUCCUAGCUUUUAAUCUACAGCAAUCAGAGGCUGAAGUUGGAGUUUGUUACAAAACACCAGGGAAGAACGAACCACCCCCAGCAGAAGUUGUAGCUCUCCUGGAGAAACACAAGUUAAAACGAAUUCGACUAUAUGAACCACAUAAAGAGACCUUAACAGCACUUAAGGGAAAAGACAUAAACGUUUUGCUUGGUGUACCAAACUCAGAAAUCAUUCCUAUUGCCACUUAUCCUUCUAAAGCCGAAUCAUGGGUACAAACCAAUGUGAAAGCAUUCUCACCUGAUGUGAAAAUUGAGUACCUUAUUGUUGGGAAUGAGAUAAGCACUAACAAUGCAAACAGUUUGUUGUCACUGUUCCUCUUAGACACCAUGCGAAACUUCCAAAAUGCAUUAGCCAAAGAGGGUUUAAUGCAUAUCAAGGUAACCACCGCUUUCGACACCUCAAUCCUUAGAAAUCCAUACACAGAUACUCCAUCAAACAUCACUUUUGCAGUUGAAUCUCUCUUAUUCAUGGGUGAUAUCCUGAAAUUUCUGUCUGAAAAUGGUGCUCCUUUCAUGGCUAAUUUAUACCCUUACUAUGCCCUUCUUGUUUGA